CCUACCUCGAAGGCGCCUGAUUUCUUUGCUCUCCACGUGCUCUCCUCUCAGUGGUCCUUCACAUUUCUCUCAAGAAUACCACCCCACUCCCCCCUCCUCUCUCGCUGCUUUUUCCCCUCUUUCUCUCCCUCCUCUCUUACCUUCCACUUUCAAAAACUUUAGUAAACAAGCAAACAAACCCUCCUCAUCGCCUCGGAAAAUCACCAUCUCCGUCGGAAAAUAUCGCCGGAGCUCAACUAUUCUUCGUCAAUCCAUCUCAAGACGCUUCUUCUCUUCUCCUCCUUAUUUUAUUUGUGAAAAAGAUUUCAAGUUGUUCUCUUACUUCUCUCCGAAGCUAAAAAGAGAGAAAAAUUAAUUCAUUUUAACCUAAUCUUGCCGUGUAGAAAUAUCUGGAUGUAUAAUUUGGUAAAGUUGAAAUCAGAAAAUAUAUAUACGGAAAAACAGAGAGAUAUUUUGUUCAGGAAAUGAGGAAUUCAGGGAUAGUUUGACAAUUUUGGAAGCUUUUGAGCAACAUGAGUUGCGAGAGAAGGAGAGGAGGAGAGGAAAUUUACGAGCAGAGAACUUCCGUUGAGGAAAACGGCUCUAUUGAUCAGAAUCUGCUAAUUGACCCUAAAUUGUUGUUUAUCGGAAAUAAAAUCGGCGAAGGAGCCCAUGGUGAAGUUUAUAAAGGAAGGUACGGUGAUCUGAUUGUGGCCAUUAAGGUUCUUCAUCAAGGGACUACGUCGGAGGAACGAGCUGCGCUUGAGGAUCGGUUUGCAAGAGAGGUUAAUAUGAUGUCUCGAGUUAAACAUGAGAAUCUUGUCAAGUUUAUUGGGGCUUGUAAGGAUCCAUUUAUGGUGAUUGUUACAGAGUUAUUACCAGGGAUGUCACUCCGGAAGUACUUGGUUAGUAUUCGUCCAAAACAGUUAGACCUCUAUGUGGCCAUAAAGUUUGCUCUUGAUGUUGCGCGAGCUAUGGAUUGUUUGCAUGCUAAUGGGAUUAUACACAGAGAUCUUAAGCCAGACAAUUUGUUGCUUACGGCAAAUCAGAAGUCUGUGAAGCUCGCAGAUUUUGGUCUUGCAAGAGAAGAAACUGUAACUGAGAUGAUGACUGCAGAAACUGGAACAUACCGUUGGAUGGCUCCUGAGUUGUACAGCACCGUGACACUGCGCCAGGGAGAAAAGAAGCAUUACAAUAACAAAGUUGAUGUCUACAGCUUUGGAAUUGUGUUAUGGGAGUUGUUGACCAACCGCAUGCCAUUUGAAGGCAUGUCAAAUUUGCAAGCUGCCUAUGCUGCUGCUUUUAAGCAAGAGAGGCCUGCUCUUCCAGAGGAUGUAUCCCCUGACCUCGCAUUUAUCAUGCAGUCAUGUUGGGUUGAAGACCCCAACUUGAGGCCUAGCUUCAACCAGAUCAUCCGGAUGCUCAAUGCAUUUCUCUUCACACUCUCACCACCUUCACCGACACCAUCCUUACCAGAAUCUGACACCAAUGAGGCAGCAUCAUCAAGUAAUGGCACCAUAACCGAGUUUUCUUCUCGCACUAGAGGAAAGUUUGCUUUCCUUCGCCAACUAUUCACGGCUAAAAAGACCAGGAACACCCAUUGACUGGCUAAAUUUUUCAAAAUUUUUCCUUUUGAACCAGCUCACAGAAACUUGUCCUGUCAUAGAAGAAUUUUAUUAACUGCUUAGAUGAUGGUGAUUAGUGUAGGAUUGAAACAAAUGCUGAACAGAAAUGACUUAAUGAGGAAACUUGGUCGGAAAAUAAAACGACGAUUAGACUGUUUAGAUGGUCUGUGGACCUUUUUGUAAAGGAAAUACCUGGGUUUAGCAAUUAUGUCCAUAUCGUUUUUCCUUUUUUGAAUAUGGUUUCCAUACUUCAAUCUGGCUUCACAGUUUUGGUACUUACAGUCGGAGGUGAAACCACUAUGAUAUUUACAAUGCUUCUCUGCUAAGAUUAAUAGCAGCUAACGAGUUAAAUGAUCAUGGUUCAUUAUUUACUUGUAGAUUUUAUGAUGGCAUGCAUUUUACCAAGUUCUUGUGGUAUGCGAAAAUGCUUACUGGAGAAUAGCUUUGAAUUUAUAAGAUCUUAUUGACUCCGGCAAUAGCCAGUCACCAUGGUUCAUCUGGCCGCUAAUUGCAGUGAGUUCCCACAGAUGCAAUUCGCACAAAAGGGGGAGGGGGUCUUUUCACUAAUCCAGUUGCUAAGAACUAUUUUUAGAUUAUGCUGGAUCGAUUCUAGAUGGUGGCUUCUUCAUUCUUUGCUGCUGGCUUGGUGAAAAACACAGGAUUUGUGUAUGGUGUAUGUGAUAUGGAGCACUGGUUGCUAAGACCUGCAGAUAUCUUCAAUGCAAAGGUUGAUUGUGAUGGUGAAAACUUAUAAAGUCGGGGCUGUCUUUUAGCUGGUGAAGCAUCAGCCAUGGACCAUGUUGCCUGGACUCCCUGACAAAUAGAUGGACCUGCCAUUCUCUACAUGGUGCCUUCAUCUAUUUAGCCUGUAAUGCAACUGUGCGCACCCAGAACGAGCACGCUGGCUGGGCUGCUGCGCGAGGGCUGGUGCCAUAUAUUUGAGAGGUGGGGAGGAUAACGAUGAAGGUCAGCAAUGCACUCACUUUCCUGUGAAAGGUCACUGUUUCAUUAUGGUCCAAAUAGGAGAUGCCAUUGCUCUGCUCGAGUGGCCAUGACUUGGCUGGCAAUAUGGAAAGAAUCCAUCAUCUUCUUCCUGUUCUGAACAGAUACAUACAUACCCAUUCCUUCGUCAGGCAGCUCAUGAAUUAUUUCAGUAAGAUUUAUCUCUUGCGACAUCCCCCUUUGUACAGUCCGUGAUCCAUCAUCCCCCCCUUCCUUGUGUUAUGUUGGAUUCCAUGAGAUGCAAUCAGCUGAAUAGUUCUUCGUGA